GACUACGCUUGGGCAUCCUCGGUAGAUCGGCCAGCAACGGCGAGGAGAGGAUCGGCACGGUAAGACAGGACCCUUGUUUUUGUUUUGAGCCGGGAUCAACUAGAUUAUCGCUUCAGGACUCAGGAUCAGUACUAUUUCCGUUAAGGCCGAAUUGUUUUUGCAUGCAACUUGUUGGAAAUGCGAAAUGGCGACGAUUCAGCAAUCCAAGAGACGAUUUUCAAGAUCUGUCAAUCAAUAAAACAGAAACCACAGCGGACAGGCAUGAGCCUUUAUCCAAUCUGCUGCCCGCUGUGCACGUUUCUAUUCAAAUAAGUGAAUUCUUCACUUACAUUCCUUUGGGUUCGGCACAGCUUCUCAAAUAAGAAUACCUUUUCACUUUCGACGCUGUCACAGAAAGCGAGACAAAAGGAUCAAGAUGGGACCGGAUAUCAAAGAGGCACCCCAAAAGAAGUUUGGGCCAUGGCGCAUCAUCUGUGAUCAAACUCUUAUUACCGACGAGGUCAUCUCAUUUCAAUAUCCAGGUGGUGGUACACAUGACGAUCCAUACGUGGUAGAUUGGAUUCCUGGAGACCCUCGCAACCCUCUACGGUUUUCUCCCCUGUGGAAAUGGAUUAUUACGGUCACAGCAGCAUUUGGAACUUUAGCGGUGUCUUUUGCUAGCACUGCAUUUUCCGGAGCAAUGCCUCAAAUCAAGUCGUACUUUGGGGCGUCCGAUGAAAUCGCGACACUGACGGUUUCCCUAUUCGUGCUCGGUUUCGCGAUUGGACCGAUGACCUGGGCUCCAUUGUCAGAGUUGUACGGGCGGCAGCUUCUCUGGGUAACAACCUUCUUUUUCAUGACGGUCUUUGGAGGCGCCAGCUUGGCUAGUGAGAAUGUGGCAACCCUGAUAGUGCUGCGUGCCUUUGCUGGUGCCAUUGGAGCGUCAAGUAUCGCAAACUCAGCGGGUGUGAUAUCAGAUAUCUUCACCGCGAAAGAACGCGGUCUUGGCGUGACGAUUUACUGUUCUGCUCCAUUUCUAGGCCCGACAUUAGGGCCCAUUACAGGUGGAUUUCUUGCGCAGGCCGCUGGAUGGAAAUGGGUCGAUGCCAUGACUGUGAUAUUUUCGGGGGUCAUGUGGAUAGUAGGAGGGUUAAUCAUCCCAGAGACAUAUGCGCCAUACCUCUUGAUCCGUCGAGCAACAAAAUUGUCGAAAAUGACCGGAAAGGUUUAUGUCUCGAAGCUGGAACUUGAAAAAGGGCGAAAGAAGCCAAGCGUUCUGUUUCGCACAGCAAUGACACGGCCGUAUAUUUUUCUCGUUAUGGAACCGAUCGUGCUAUCGCUGAGCGUGUAUAUGGCAAUUGUGUAUGGUACGCUAUACAUGAUCUUCAGCGGGUUCCCCGUUGUCUUUGAAACAGAGAGACACUGGUCACAAGGUAUUUCCGGUCUAUCUUUCGUCGCGAAUAUGCUCGGUCAGAUUGGAGCCUUGGUUGGAUACUCUGUCUUUUUUGACGUACGAUACCGUAAGGCUCUAGAGCGUGCGGGGGGAUAUCUACCGCCUGAGGAACGCUUAAAACCGGCCUUGAUCGGUAGUGUGUUUCUCCCAAUAGGACUUUUCUGGUUCGCAUGGACAACAUAUUCCCACAUUCCCUGGAUUGUGCCUAUGCUUGGAAGUGGCGUGUUUGGGUUUGGUCAAGUCCUGGUCUUUCUCAGUAUAAUGAAUUACUUAAUCGAUUCUUAUACCAUCUACGCUGCCUCUACCAUGGCAGCUAAUGCGGUACUUCGAGCUGUAUUUGCAGCGGCUUUCCCUCUCUUCACAACUUACAUGUAUCGAAAUCUCGGCGACCAAUGGGCGAGUUCCGUACCGGCAUUCUUGUCACUCGCAUGCGUUCCAUUUCCCUUUCUAUUCUUCAAAUACGGGGAGGCGAUUCGUAUGAAAUGCAAAUACUCUGCAGAGGCGCAGAGAGCUUCGUCUCAACUUCAACGGUCGGUAGCUGAAAAGCAUGUGUUCCAAUCAGAGAGUCCAGCGGGUAUUCGUGAUUCGGAUCCUGAAGCCUAGACAAUCUCCUAUAUACCUGGUACUAUGGGGAUAUAUGAUCAAAGAAGCAGAUGGAGGGUAUAUUCGCUUCGUGGAAUGCCACACUCACCGUGCAAAGGGGGGAAACUGUCUUGGGAGGAGCAAUUGGUAACCCUCCAGCUACCGAACGAUAGUGCCCCUCGAUGAAGGCCCCUGCAUUUAUAGAAUAUAGAUAAUGACGAAGCAUAUACUAAUGAGAUAGACAAAAUCGUAGUCUUGGUGUGACUGAGAAAUGUGAAGAAGCCUUCAUUGUAUAAUUAUUGUUUCAUAGAGCCAAAUCGGUGACACCAUUGGGCCGAUACAGUACGUCGAGUAGUAUAUCUUAUACAGCGUGACCAAUACUGC